AUGGCGGAAGAAUCACCCAAGUCCGUGUCGUCGGACGUCCAAGAUGCGGCUUCCGGCCCACCGGUGAAGCGUGUGUGGUACCACAGCAGUCUCUUCAAUGCCUUCGUUAUUGGAGGAGUCGGCUUCAUGGCACCCGGCCUGUGGAACGCGAUGAACGCUCUCGGAGCAGGUGGUGCCCAGGAACCGUACCUCGUCAACGCUGCCAAUGCGCUCGUGUUUGGGCUUAUGGCCUUUCUGUGCCUAUUCGGUGGACCCAUCGCGAACCGAAUCGGGCUCGCUAGAACACUUUUGUUGGGAGCUGUUGGCUACCCUCUCUACUCUGCUGGACUGUACACCAACAACCGUUACGGUAACGUUUGGCUCGUUCUUGUUGGAGCCGCCGCCUGCGGUAUCUCUGCCGGCUUGUUCUGGGCCGCCGAGGGAGCCGUUGCUUUGGGAUACCCUGAGCCGGCUAAGCGUGGCAAGUACAUGAACAUUUGGCUCUGGUUCAGAACCGGUGGUCCUCUUGUCGGUGGCGCAAUCGUACUGGCGCUCAACAAUAAUGCAGCUGCAAAGAAGAAGGGCAAGGUAGGAUAUCAGACUUACCUGGUGUUCGUUGCGCUGCAAUGUCUCAGUGUGCCCCUUGCCCUCGCUCUCUCUCCCCCGGAAAAAGUGCAACGAUCCGACGGCAGCAAGGUCAUCAUCAAAGCCGAAAAGUCCUUCAAGGCCGAGUUCAAAGAGCUCCUCCGCGUGUCGAAGCGGAAGGAUAUCCUGCUGCUUCUCCCCGUCUUCUGGGCUGCCUACUUCAAUCAAUACAGCGGAAACUUUCAGUCUUACUACUUCGGUAUCCGCGCCCGCGCGCUCAUCGGUUUCGUCAGCAACUUUGGCACCCUUCUCUCGUCUCAGCUGAUUAGCACCCUCCUGGACUACAAGAAGUUCAGCGUCAAGAAGCGCAUCACCAUUGGCUUCUACUAUGUCAUCGUCUGGCACAUUAUUGCGUGGGUUUACGGCUGGGUCAUUCAGGAGAAGUACACCCGCAAUCCACCUGCGUACGAUUGGGAGGAUAAGGGAUUCACCGAGGGCUUCUUUGUGCUCUUAUUGUGGGACUUUGCCCGUCAAGCGUUGCAGAGCUGGCUUUACUACCUCUUGGCCACCAAGACGGACAACAUCUCCGAGCUUACUCGCUUCUCUGGUAUCCUCAGAGGUCAGGAGAGUUUCUCUCAAGCUAUCUCAUUCGGCUUGAACACACAGAAGUGGAAGGGAGGACGAGUUCCACUUGCUGUCAACACUAUUCUUCUGGUUUUGGCCGUUUACCCUACGUGGCUUGUAGUCAGGGAUCACGUUCCAGUUGAAGAGGCCGACAGCCUUGCAACUGUAGAGGAACAAUCACAGACCGGUGAACUCGCCGAGACAAGGUUAUCAGUGGAGGACAGAAAGGAAUUUGCUGUUGGACAGACAGGCAUUGGGAGAGAUGCAAAGAUGUGA